AUGGCAUUAGCAGUUUCAUCGCAACCAUUUUCUCCCUUUCAGCCCCAUUCUCUCGGCGAGUGCUCCUCGUCCGAAAGCUUAGUUCUGACCCCGCGACCGUCAUUCUACAACUUCUCAAACAACUCUUACAUUCUGACCGACUCUUCCAGUCGCCCCAACUCUUUCAGCAGUAUUGACUCUGGCUACGCUAGCACCAUGGGGCCACAGUCUGAUGUAGAUUCCAUCCGAAAGCGCAGGUUCGGGGGAAAACACUUCACCCCUUCCGACGCAGACGCGUUCGCACCCCUCAAUCGCACCUCGUCAUGGGAUCCGUCGAAGCGCAAGAGAUCGUUUCUUCAAGGGAGAAAGAAGUCAGAAUCGUUGUCCACCACUUUGCGGCAUCGUGCGAGCACAAGCACUCUCCCGGAUGAAACAGAAUUAUCUAGUGAUGGAGAUGAAGAUAUCGAAAUAAUGCAAGGGACGCACUCCCCUGCUAAAGCGUUUCAGGCGAAGAAUCACUUCGCCACAAGACGAGGCAUGAUCCAUCAUCCUUACCCCCCUCACCAAGCACCUUACAUGCAAGCCUACGACCGCACACUUCUUGACAACACCAAUGGGACGCCGUCAUUUCUCACAUUCAACGACAGCCCGCCCACUACUAUUCUUGACGUGGGAUGUGGUGCAGGACAUUGGACCAUCAGAGCUGCAAAACAUUGGCCGAAAGCAAGAAUAAUCGGCAUCGACUUAAUUGCUCCCUCAAGUUUGAAUGACGGCAUCGUUACCCCAUCAAACGUGGAAUGGAGGCAAAUGAACUUCAUCGGGCACCGAUUGGGCUUCCCUAGUGACACAUUCGAUCUCGUGCGCAUGGCAAACCUGUCCCUGUGCAUCCCUCUUGAGAGUUGGGAAGAGGUUCUCACAGAAGUCAUGAGAGUUUUGGCGCCCGGGGGGCGGCUAGAAUUGAUUGAUGAUCAAGCCUUAUUCCCAACCGUGAAACCUUCCCCGGAACGUGCUCCACCUUCGCCGGCGGCCGCCAGCAUGACGAAGCGGAUGACGACUUCAAGAGCACACGGAGCUCCCUAUCUGAAGACGAAGAAUCCCACGUCAUACGAUGCUGCGUCAGAAUGGACGAGAAAUGAAUCCAAUGCGAAACAUCUCGAGAGCCUGUUCGUUAAUAUGCUCUGGAACAAGUACAAGAUCCGCACAGACCAACGAAGAAACUUGGAGGAAGUUCUGGAUAAUGUUUUUGGCCGAUAUAACGCCCAGAGAGUCGCAGGGAUGACUCUCGCUAUCGCACCUCCUGCGCCUAAUCCAGACUCAGGCUCAGGCUCAGGCUCAGAUCCUGAUCAAGCGUCAGUGUCGAGCGCAGACAGCAAGAGCCCGAAGAAGAAGAAAGGGGAAGUCUUCAAGCAGUGGAUUGCUGUUGAAUGGGACAAGAACAAGGGCAAGAAGGGCAACCGCUCCAGUGGAGAGAGCGUCCUGUCCCCCAUACCACAAUCCAUUAGUGUCAAAGCAGCAGGCCGUCUAGGUAUCCCCUCUUCUACUGCUACUUCCCCCACUACGCGAUCUCCCCGACUUUCAGUAAUUCCCCCACCCUCACGUCCUGCUCAAUCUCCCGGACUGGUCCUGUGGCCUAAUACGUUGAUUGAACUAGGGUCUUUCGAGCUUGAGAUGCACGCAUGCAAGCACAUGCAGAGUCUGCUCGGGUGCAAAGCCGCACUGCAUGAGUACGUGCAGGAAUCCUUCCGUGACGCCGACGGAAAUGCCCUUUUAGAUGACGCAAUGUUCGAUGAUCUCAUUUGGGACUACGAGUGCUUCCGUCGCAAGCGUUUCAAUUGGCCAUCAGUGACUCCUGAAAUGGAAAAGUCUACUCAUAAUGAACCCUCCAUCACUCCCAAUCACAGACUUUCAACCGACGUACUAUCUAUUCGCUCACGCCCUCGGGAAGGCUCUGACGCCAGUAUGCAGCAACCCGAAUCAUCACGCUAUUUGAAAGAAGAGCUCACUUUUGUGCGCUCCAUUUACGUAUACACUGCGAACAAGAUCGCCGCAGACGAGAUCAUUUUAUCAUAG